UUUUGCUCUCUCUCUCUCUCUUCUUCCUCCCCCUCCUUCACUCGCUCAGACAACUAAGCGGCUCUUCAAUCUCACUAGGACUGGGAACCCGUCGUCGUGGUCAGGAAGAAGGCCGACGAGAAAGCCGUCGACGUUGCUCGCCGUGCUCGAUUGAUACCGUCAAGAAAGUGUUUCAUAUUACUGCUAAAGAGGAGAAUAAUCUCAGUAAUGAUGCAAUAGCUAAAGAUAUUAAACAGCUGCUGAUCAGCUGAAACCAUAGUGCUGAUGACCGGAUGUAAUAGGGAGAUCAGAUUUUAGAUCACCAAGCAACUUGCAGCGCAUGGACAACUCUUUUAAAGAAGAAUCAGGUAAUUGUUAGCAACAAUAAAUCUCGUGGCAAAGCGUGGGUUACCAUUGCUAUUUGAACUAAAAGCUUUGCUUCCCGUCUAGAUUAGAGCCUGUUGUCACUCUCCGAUUCUUGUUUCCAUCUGCUCCUAAACGGCUACAAAGAAAUCUAAAAGGGUCGACUUUAUCACCCAUCGGAUACUAAAAGAUUGUACCGAAAAGUUCAAUUCAUAAGCAGACUGGGUUGCUUUGCUGUGUUUGGUGGCCUUUCCAAUUCCAUAUUCAAAUUAAACAAAGGCCCUAAAGUCUCAGACGGCUUUGUCUUUGAGUCGCGUCCUCAAUUUUCACACUUUCUGAAAAAUGAAGCGCAAGAAAUGGUCAGAGCUUGAAGAACAGACCCUUCUCACGAAGUAUUCUGAGCUUCUCAGCUCUGGAGCUCUAGCCAAGCUCAAAACCCGUGAGAAAAAAUUCAAGCCCAUAGCGGAGCAUGUUAACUUAGUGCACAACCUUGACGACCCUGUAACCUUCCCUUUCAAAUGGUCCUGGCGCGAUGUGUCAAUCAAGGUCCAAAACAUGCGCCACCAGUACCUGGGAGUCAAGCAGAAGAUCCGGGUCUCCAAGGACGAGUUCAACUGGAAGGAUGGUGAAAAUCACUGGGAGAAUUUCUUGAAGUACAAGGAAGUGUUUGGUGAUGUGGAGCUUGAUGGUAAGGGCAAGAGGUCGUGUGAGAAUGACAACUUUGAUGUUUUUGGGGAUUGUGGGGACUUAGGGUUUGGGAUUGAUUGUGAGGAUUUAGAGGAAGAAGAAGAUGAAGAAGAAGAAGAACAUUUGGAAGAGGAAGAAGAAGAUGGUACUGGUGGUGAUGACGAUAAUCGUGGCGAGGAAUACCCAGUUGGUGAGUUUGGGGGUGAAAGGGAAAUUGGGGACAUGGGAAUGGCUCAAAAAAGGAAAUUGAGUAAGGUUGGAUUGCAUAAGAGGUUGGGGUUGAUGAGUGCUCAGGUGUUGGACUUGCAGAAUAUGGUUGUGAAGAGGGAAGAGGGGAGGAGAGAGAGGGAGUGUAGGAGAGAGAAAGGUGAGGCUGAGAGAGAGGAAAGGAGGAAAGAAGUUGAGUUCAGGAGAGAGAAGAGGAGGAAUGAGCAGGAGGACUUGUUAGAAGAUAGAGAAUUGGAGUUGCAAGAGAGAGAGGUCAUGUGGACAAGAAGGGAGUUUGAAAAAAGGUUGAGGUUACAGGGGGAGUUUGAUGAGGAGCAUCAGAGGAGGAUGAGGAUGGAGGAGAGGAGGGAGGAGGAGGAGUUGGAGUGGCGGGAGAGGAUGAUAGGUUUGCAAAUUCAGCAUGAGAAGCAAAUGAUGCAAAUGCAUGCUGAGGCAUGCCAGAACCAAAUGCAGAUUCUUGGGGUCAUGGCUAGGUUUGUUUGUCAAUUUUUUGGGUCAAUGAAUGAUGGCCUUGGAGGUGGUUUAGGGACUCUGCCACCUCAAAUUUUGCAGAAUUUGCAGCAUCCAGGUGGACUGGGUGACAAUGGCAAGCCGGAUUCCAAUUCGCCUUCUGAGUUCCUCUAGACUGUAAUUUAAACCCCUUGCUACAUAGUAUAUAUACUUUAAUUUUGGAUCUAGUGAAUUUUAGGCAGUUGAAUUUUUAUUGUAUUCAAUAUGUUUGUACUAUGGUGAUUGAGAACAAUAACUUUUCAAAGCUAUACUAGCAGUGACUACUCUCAAGUCGUGAACGAUGGAUAAGUUUUCUUGCGUCACUCAGAAUAUCAUAUUUCUAAAACUUCUAAAGAAGUUAUUUUUAUU